AAUUGUGGAUUGAAAUUAAAGGUAAAUGGCUGCCCUAAGCAAUCUGAAACAAUGCCCGCCGUUCUUCGCCCUGGCGGAUCCGUCGUUCGGUGCCAAUCAUAUUCCUGAGCUGGACAACUACCCUAGGAUACAUGUGAAGGGCGAGCUACACAAUUCAUCGGCUCAGCGUUUUUAUGGCGGUCAGGGUUUCGUGCCGGUUCAUGAAGGUGUGCUGAAACGCAUCAUUCGCACCUUCUUUGAAGGAGGUUUCUGGGAUUCACUGGCGGAGACUCGCAGCGAAAAGACACGCGAACAGGCUCCCUGGUUAGGAAAGACCGGCGACUACAUAUCCCAGCUGCUGGGCAUCGCCACUACGCUUAAGCUAAAAGUAUUACCGCACACACACGAUUUGAGUGCAGAGCGGAUCGCCCAGUAUGUGGAGACCAGGGAUUGGAUCGACAGCGAUGUGCGCUUCAUGGCAUGGAACUGUCAUGUGUUCAAACUAGCCAUAGCUGGCAUUGACGAUGUGGUGCGCAUCUACACCAGGAACACUGAUGCAGCGACAACCGUACUGAAGAGUACAACUCAGACACAAAUCACGUGCAUAGCCUGGCGUCCACUGAGUGUCACGGAGAUCGUUAUAGGCUGCCGUCAGGGUCUCUGCUUUUGGAUAGUGGACAACACCAUGAUUCUGGGACGUACCAAUUCGCCCAGUCAGUUCUUCAAGCAUCCCGAAAAUCUUCCCAUUACCUCCAUGCAGUGGAACAAGCUUGGCAACCUACUGGCAACAGCUUCAAUUGGCGAUCGCUCGAUCAUCAUCUGGCAGCCAGACAGUGGACUAAUGGAGCCCCUCAAGAGACUGGGUCCGCCCGGAUCCCUGCUCAAGUGGUCACCGGGCAAUGAUUGGCUCUUCGCUGGCACCGUGGAUCGAGUAUUUCGAGUGUGGAACUGCCACAACCAUUGGACCACUGAGCGCUGGACGUGCGGCAACGGAGGCCAUGUCCAGACUGCCUGCUGGUCCCCCUGUGGACGAUUCCUGCUCUUUGUCAGUACCACCGAGCCGAUUCUCUAUCGACUGCAGUUUGUCCAGCAAACUCUGUUGAAAUCGACUAAGGACGAGAAGGAGGUACUGCCCAUAGCCGACCUGAAUGCUUGCAGUGCAGAUGAAAAUAGAUCGCUGAUCGGUGGCCCUGUCCAGCAGCUGGCCUGGGAUCCGCGCGGCAACUACUUGGUGAUCACCUUCAAGUCCACCAACCACAUUGCCGUCUUCCGCACCUUCAUCACAAAGUACGAUCUGCAAAUUUCGCCCGCCUAUUAUCUCAGUGGCGAGAUCGCAGCAGAGCACCCCAGCUUCGUGUGCUUCCAGCCGCUGUACAAAGAAGACGAGCGAUCGAUUGUGACCAUUGCGUGGUCCUCGGGACGUAUCCAGUACUAUGCCUUCGACUGAUGUUAUGCCACGAUAUAGGGUAUUCAGAAUGGUCGUUUUGUAUUUUUUAUUUUAUAUAGUUUCUGUAAGGGAAUAAAUUGAAAAAACGAAACUAAAA